AUGCAGGAUUUAAUGCAAGAUAAAGGGUUCCGCGCGUUACCGAGAUUCCUCAAGGUUGCCAUGUCGUGGUCAAUUUGCAAUCGUUCCAUGAUUAAGGGACCAGGCGUUCAUGCCAUUGGCUCCACACGAAUAGCAUGCUCGAAUGUUUACCGUAGAAACGUGGGGGCUCUCUACUUUUCUUCAAUGAGCAGAAAUCUUAACAAGCUUGAGGAACUGAAGAAACCUGAGAUUAUCCAAAAGAGUUUUGUUGAAUUGAAACCACCCAGUAAGGCUCAGAAGAUUUGGAAAAACACAAAGAGGAUCACUCUUUUUUCUUUGUUAGUUGGUGGUGGAAUUUUGAGCUACUAUGUCUAUCUGGAGUCGCAUCCAGGACAGCAAGAGAAACAGGCACCAUUUUUCAAGAAUGGUCAAAAGAAGAAAACUAUUGUUAUUUUGGGCUCAGGCUGGGGCUCAAUGUCUUUCCUCAAGAACUUGGAUACCUCGUUGUACAAUGUUGUGUUGGUUUCUCCCAGAAAUUACUUUCUUUUCACUCCAUUACUACCAUCCUGCCCAACAGGAACCGUUGAAAUUAGGUCCAUUAUAGAGCCUGUUCGUGCUAUUACUCGAAAGCUCAAGGGUGAAGUUACCUAUAUGGAAGCCGAAGCCACGGAAAUUGACCCAGUAACCAAGAAAAUUACUGUCAAGCAGUCCACUACCGUUCAUUCUGGCCAUUCGGGAGACGAUUCCAGCUCCACAAAGUCAACUGUAGACUAUGGUGGAAUGGAAGAAAUCACCACUUCGGUCGAUUACGAUUAUUUAGUUAUAGGUGUGGGUGCCCAGCCUUCAACAUUUGGUAUACCUGGUGUGGCAGCUCACUCAGUUUUCUUGAAGGAAAUCACCGAUGCCGUCACCAUCAGAAAACGCUUGAUGGAUGUCAUUGAGGCUGCCAACAUCUUACCCAAAGACGACCCGGAAAGAAAACGCUUGCUUAAUAUCGUCGUUUGUGGAGGUGGACCAACUGGUGUUGAAGUUGCCGGUGAAUUGCAAGAUUACAUCGACCAGGAUUUGACGAAAUGGAUGCCUGAGGUUGCUUCCGACUUGAAAGUGACUGUUGUGGAAGCCAAAUCUCGUGUAUUAAACACUUUUAGCGACAAUUUGGUUCACUAUACCCAGGAUAUCUUCCAGGACACCAACAUUGACUUACGAACAGACACUAGGAUCAAAGAAGUGAACGAUAGAAUGGUCAUGGGUACUAGACAUGCCAAGGGAGGCGAUGAAUAUGUCGAAUUUCCUUACGGAUUGUUAAUUUGGGCAACUGGUAAUGCUCCAAGAGGAAUUGUUACGUCGUUAUUUUCCAAGAUCGAUGCACAACGCAAUGCUAAGCACGGACUUUUCGUGGAUGACAGGUUGUUAGUCAAUGGUACCGACAAUAUUUACGCCUUGGGUGACUGUUCAACCUUGAAAUACGCUCCAACAGCUCAAGUUGCUUUCCAAGAAGGAAUCUUUUUGGGCAAACACUUUAAAGCGUUGCAUGAAAUUGACACUUUGAACUACAGGAUUGAGAAUGCUCAUGCCAACGAUAAUGUCGAAAGCUUAAAGAGAAGGGUUGACCGUUUGCAAAAAAACUUGCCCAUCUUUGUCUACAACCACAAAGGAUCUUUGGCUUACAUUGGUUCAGAAAGAGCUGUUGCUGAUCUUGUAUGGGGUUCGUGGUCAAAAGUUUCGACUGGGGGAUCCUUCACGUUUUUGUUCUGGAGAUCCGCUUAUAUCUACAUGUGUCUUUCCGUCAAGAACCAAAUUCUUGUGUGCAUUGAUUGGGCGAAAGUGUACAUGUUUGGCAGAGAUUGUUCAAAGGAAUGA